AUGAAUCUUGAUGUUCAUCCCUCUACUAUUGGGCGUUUAAUAAAAAAUAAAGACAACAUUGGAGACAAUCUAUCUGCAAAAAGGCAGAAGACUGUACAGUAUCCAAAUCUUGAUAAUUCCUUACUUGAAUGGAUCCUUCAAGACCGAAUCAUAUUAA